GAAAUAGUUCCAAACGGUGACGUAUUUAAACCCUCGAAGGAAGGCUGAAGUACCUUCGCUCUUAUAGUACACUCAACCCGUUGCUUCUGCUUCAUCCGAAAUCCCUCUCGAGUCUUCCACUGAACUGAAUCUGGUGAGAAGAACAUAAAACCUAACUGCAAUGGCAAUGCGGGUGGCUGCAAGAUACGCAUCUAGAAGGCUAUUUAGCAGCGGCACUGGCAAAAUACUUAGCGAGGAGGAAAAAGCUGUAGAAAAUGCUUACUUCAAGAAAGCUGAGCAAGAGAAGUUGGAGAAGCUUGCCCGCAAAGGUCCUCAACCAGAAGCAACGGCAGCUGCAGGUUCAGGUGGUUCAGUAACUGAUGCCAAACCAAGUGCCUCGGGAUAUACAGAAUCAUCGACUGACAAAGUUUCAACUGACAAGCACCGGAAUUAUGCAGUUGUAGCUGGUACAAUAACAAUUUUUGCGGCUUUAGGGUGGUACCUCAAAGGCACUGCAAAGAAGCCAGAAGUGCAGGAUUGAAGAUUUCAGUGGUGCGUGUCCUCAUUUUAGUUUUGGUUGCAGCAGUUGCACAGAAAUAAAUAACCACACACCAACUCUGUUUAUCAUGCUAUUGUCAUGAAUUGCUUCUUUUAUGUUUCCCGUGAUCUUACAUAUGACCUAUAUAUUCUUGAUGCUACUUAGCAUGACGAGAAUCAAUGUUUAUUUUCACUAGUUGUUCAAAUGUCAUGUGAUUGAUCACUUGCAUUUUCCCUUUCUUUUUUUUUUGGUUGAAA